AUGAGCUCUAGGAACCCUGGAACUGGGUGUGGGAGCGGUCCACCCGAGCCCUUUCUCGGACGCGCCCACCCCGGAAGCAGGGCGUCCGAGGGAACGCACCGCCGGUCACGCAUAUCCGGAAACCGAGCCCGGGCGGUGUCUGCAGGUCGGCGGGCGGGCCGGGUGACUCUUCAGGCUGGUCACACACGCUAAGAUGGAACAGAUCUGUUUAGCCCUCAAGCGUGGGCCCAGACACAUCGCCAGGGACUGAGCUUUGCAUUCAGCCCACUUCAGCUAAAAACAUGAAGAAAACAUAACUGGUCAAGACAAGAAGAAUCAAAAAGGUGGCAGUCACAUCCGGACCAGAGCCACCUUGAGGAGCCAGAGCCCGUGACCAUCUCCGCCUGGUUGGAGCCAGUGCUCAUAUUUAGCAGCUGACAUCACGAGGAAGAUUAAGGGACCUGGGAACUCUUGAGGAGAGUCCUUCCCAGAGAAUGGAGCUUGGGGGCCGAAUUCUCUGGGCCUUUCUUUCUGGCCCCGGGAGGAGGGGAGGCACCAGGGGCUGGCCCUUCAGCUCAUGGCAACCCCAUCUGCCUCUAGCUGGGUCGUUGAAUGCCACAGAGCUGGUCAGCCAUUGGACUGCUAUCUUUGAGAAGAGGGGCAUCCCUGAGGCCCAGGCAUCCAGUGAGUACAUCGUGGCUCAUGUCCUUGGAGCCAAAACAUUUCAGAGCCUGAGACCAGUACUUUGCACCCAGCCCCUGACCCCUCGGCAGCUACAGUGUGUCCAGGAGCUGAGUAGCCUCCGAUUGCAAAGGAUGCCUGUGCAGUACAUCCUCGGGGAGUGGGACUUUCAAGGGCUCUGUCUGAAGAUGGCCCCCCCAGUGUUCAUCCCUCGUCGGGAAACAGAGGAGCUGGUUGAAUGGGUACUGGAGGAGGUGGCCCGGAGCCCCUGUGUGGUGGGAGCCCAAGGUGGCCCCCUCAUCCUGGAGGUGGGCUGUGGAUCGGGAGCUAUCGCCCUCAGCCUGCUGAGUCAGCUUCCCCAGAGCCGAGUCAUUGCGGUGGAUAAGGGAGAAGCUGCCAUCUGCCUGACCCAGGAGAAUGCUCAGAGGCUGCAGCUGCUGGACAGAAUUCGGAUCGUCCCCCUUGAUGUAACCUUAGAGGGGAGCUGGACACACCUCCUGUCCUGGGGUCCCGUGGACCUGGUCGUCAGCAAUCCUCCCUACAUCUUCCACCAGGACAUGGAGCAGCUGGCCCCUGAGAUCCGCAGCUAUGAAGACCCACUAGCCCUGGACGGUGGGGCGAAGGGCAUGGACAUCAUUACCCAGAUCUUGGCCCUGGCACCUUCGCUCCUGAAGGACUCUGGGAGCAUCUUCUUAGAAGUGGACCCAAGACACCCAGAGCUUGUUGGCAGCUGGCUUCAGAGCCGGCCUGACCUGUCCCUUGAUCUUGUGGCUGUGCGCAGGGACUUCUGUGGGAGACAGACCUGCCCUGCAAAUGAUUCAGGGGAGCGCAUGAAAGAAGAAGAGGUUUCCUCACCCAGAAUCGAUACUGUUGUGACCCCAAGGGAGGUGCUCUAAAGGCAUUCCAGUACCGUUUACUGGAUAUUGUGCCUGGUCUCUUGCUGCUCUUUUCUCAUCUGCCUAGGGCCUGUCAUUUACAUCAUAUCACCAACACACAAAGGAUCAAUUCACAAUAAAUGGACUAAGAAUAUGUGGGCAUCACCAUCCCUGGGGAACUGACACUCAGCACAGGCACAGUGUGAGGCAGACCCAAACACCAACUUGGGAUGACACCAUUUGGGCCCAAGGGACAUGCAGGGAGGUUGUGACCCUGCCUCAGAGUUCACCGAGAAUGUGACUGUGAAUUGGGAAGGCUUAUUUCUAUAAAAAGAGUUAACAGCAAAUAAAAAUUUCAAAAAGU